UGAACCGAGGUUUGUUUUAGUUUGAUGUGACAUAACGGGAUUUUCUGUGUUAUACAGACACCUUGUGGUGAGUAGGGUGAGUGAAGUCCUCGCUUACACAGGAACUGAAAUGUGAUCUUGGUGCAAAACACCCAGCCUUACAGGAAGUCACCAGAGAGAGAAAGAUUCAUUCGACACUUAAUAAUUACUUAAAACUGAUGUGCUCGUUAAGGCUGUUUUGAAUAUUACAUAUAAUAUAGUUACAUGUGUGCUCUAAAAGGUGUUUUCAGUCAAAAUGAAGCUGUUAAGAAAUUUCCUUUCUUGUUUUUCAAGAGCAACUUUCAGCUGAAGACAAAAGGAAGUCACAGUUUGUGGUUAGACGCUAGUUUCAUAUAAGUUUAAAAAAAAAGUAUAAUUUAAAUAUCCUGCAGUUUCUGUUCAUCCCCUCAAAUCACGCCUCAGCUACAGUUUCCAAAUGGCCUGCACCAUAGUAAAAUGAUAACUUUGAUUUUAGGAAUGCAUUUGUUGAUGUUGGUAGUUUUUUUUAAAUUAUUUCUUUUGUUUAGUUUUUUUCUGCACAAUGAAAUAUCCCAGAUACGAUACACUGGCUAAGUCAUCGACGACUUUAGGUCUAAAAUCGUCAAAUUGAGCACAAUAUCGAGCUUUGUCAACAGUUUAGCAUCUUGCACGUUCUUUCAAUUCCCUAAACCCUCCUUUUAUUUCACACAAAUCAGCAGUUCAACUUUGUCUGAGCAACAAACAUCUGAGUGUGGUUCACCAACACAUUUCCUGUUGCUUUAACAAAAAAAGGCAGUUGUCAGAGAGCGACAGGAAAGCUGCUGUCCUGAGGUGAGUUCAGAAAUGAAGCUGUCACAUACGCCCAUUUAUACUGCAACUGCACUAUUUCCUUUACUGAAUGUCACAGCGAAGCAGAUAUAUGAGUCAACUGAGACACCCGGUCUCUACAUGUGCUUCAUGUGCAGCUCAAUGGAAAAUGUGGCUGUUCAAGGUCUUCAGUGUAAUCUAUAUGGUUGCUGUUUGUGCUUCUCAGGAAAACGAUGCAACCACCUACAGUUCUAGAGAACGUGAAUCGACAACACCUCCUCCUUUUGUGCCUCCGGUACCAGAUCUGGAGCGAACUUCCUCCUGGUCAGACGUCUUCUCUUCUGAGAAAGUAGUGCUAGAAUGUAAAGCCACUAGCAGCUCGGAGCUGAGCUUCACAUGGAAGAAAAAUGGAAGCCCUCUAGAUCCAAAUUUGUCUCCGUCCCCAGAUAAGCUUACAAUCACAGCAACAUCAACACAAGAUUCUGGAAGUUACACCUGUGUAGUUGAGGGCAAAAAGAAGCCCAGUCAAACUAAGGAAAGUGGACCUGUCGAAAUUAAAGUUUAUGCAAGCACACCCAAGCCCACACUUACACGAGAUUCAGACUUUGGCGAGAUGUUCCCCGGUGAAGCCAUCACUUUCAACUGCAACGUUGAUGUGUCGUCUGGAUGGGAGUACCUGUGGUACAAUGAUGAAAACCAGAUUUCAGGAGUUAAUACUAAGUCGUAUACCAUAAAUUCUGUAACGACUCAAAACAGUGGACAGUAUUAUUGCAAAGGCAAAAGAGAUCAGUUUCUUACAGACCAAAGUGAGAGCACAACUCUUAACGUUACUGACCCACCAACACCAGCUCUGCAGCUUCAGACUGCCUGGGAAAAUGUGUUUGAAGAUGAGGCGGUGGAAUUUCACUGUCACGUUGUCGGCAGCAGCCCUGGCUGGACGUUUACAUGGCACAGAAAUAAUCAGCAGCUCCAAAAUAACUCAGUUGAGAUCAUUAAUGGAGACGGAUCAUCAUUAAAAAUCACCUCGGUCCGUCAGAUACAUAAAGGAUCAUAUUCCUGCAAAGCUCACCUUACAUCUAGGGGAGUGAACUCUGGAUUCAGCAACGAGGUUAUGAUCCAAGUUAGGGAAAUUCCUGUUCCAACUUUGAAUCUAGUAACCAAAUGGCCAGAUGUGUUCCCCACUGAGAGUGUGAAUAUGAGCUGUGAGAUGCAGACGGACAGCGCUGACUGGACAUACGCGUUUUACAGAGAUGGCACUAAGGUCCAGCAUUAUAAUUCAGAUAAGGGCAGAAAUCUUUCCAUCACCUCUGCUUCAACCUCAGACGGGGGAAGCUACAGCUGCUCAGGAAAACUGAAGAGCAGGGACGUCUACAGCACCAACAGUUCUCCACUAAAACUUCACGUCUAUGCUGAGAAACCCACUCUCACACUGACACGAGAUCCAGACUACAAUGUGAUGUUUGCUGGAGAAGCGGUCACCUUCAGCUGUGCCAUCAGUGUCCAGUCUGAAUGGACGUACCUGUGGUACAAAGAUGGCAGUAAGCUUAAAGUACAAGACAACAAGCCUAAGCCUACAAUAACUCAACAGCCAGAUGCUAAAAAGCUUUACGUUGGAGAAAACGUGUCCUUUGAAUGCAAAGUUGAAAACUCAGAUGGAUGGAGCUAUGACUGGUACAAAGAUGAAGCAUCAAUUCUCAACAACAGCAACAGUUUAAAAAUGGAAGGACUCGGUUUGUUAAACUGGGGAGUUUAUAAGUGCAAGGCCAGAAGAGACAAAACAGGAUUCAACACAGAAUUCAGUGACCAGCGGACCUUACAGAUCUUUGAAAUUCCUGUUCCAACUUUGAAUCUAGUAACCAAAUGGCCAGAUGUGUUCCCCACUGAGAGUGUAGAUAUGAGCUGUGAGAUGCAGACGGACAGCGCUGACUGGACAUACGCAUUUUACAGAGAUGGCACUAAGGUCCAGCAUUAUAAUUCAGAUAAGGGCAGAAAUCUUUCCAUCACCUCUGCUUCAACCUCAGACGGGGGAAACUACAGCUGCUCAGGAAAACUGAAGAGCAGGGACGUCUACAGCACCAACAGUUCUCCACUAAAACUUCACGUCUAUGAAGAAGAGGAGGAGAAUGGCACAGUCUGCAGUGAAACAACACCCUUACCAAUAACCAAGCAGGAGGACCAAGCUGCAACGACUGACAACCAGGAAACAACAGAAACCAACGGUGGGCUGAGUUCUUUUCUAAAAUGAGCCAAUGAAGAAGUCUUUGCAUCAACAACAGGCCUAUCAAUGAGUCAGCAGACUUACGUCAGCUCUGUGAGGCUUUAAUGGUCAGUGCGCACCAGAAAACAACAUCUUUGUGUGAUCUAGUGAUGUGGCAGCACAUCUGACACUCAGCUGAUGAUCAUUGCGAUUGAUGUAAAAGUUUCGUUUUAGACGUACUCUGUCACGACCCGGCAGCUGGAAACUCUUCAGGGCGAGAUUUUAAAAAACCAGCUACUGAAAAAAAUAAACAUAUCAUAAAAUAUGCAUGAACAGAUAUUUUAUACACGCAUUACCAAAAAGCACAAAACUGUUGAGGAUUUAUGCAUCGUUUAAUUCACAUUGUUUGAAUGAAUUUGGUUUUUAAGGCACUGUUAAAUAGAAAAAACAUUAUUUAUGAGCUGAACAUCAUUUAUAAUCACUGUUCAUGUUGAGUUGCUGUAUAUAUUUUACAUGUACGAUGACGUGCAGGAGAAUUUAUUCGUUGUUCUUCAGUUAGAUCUUCAGUUCUCUGAACAAGCAGCAGAUGUCAGCAGAUGUAACACAGGCUGUGUUGUUCUCCGAACUUUAUUUUUACCGUAACGAUGAAUGUCACUUUUGUUCUUUGCUUCUUGCUUCGUUUUCUAACCACCUGGAUGUUGAUUAGUUGAUGUAUUUAUGUAAAAAUUCAAGCAUUUUAAGUUUCCACAUGAAUUGUGUUAAUAAAAAGUAUAAAAUGUU